UUAGAUGAUAGAGGCUUGAAGGGAUGCCUAUGUCAUGGGCACAGAGCACGAGGAGAACAAGCAGCCCAGUGGAGAUGAUGGUGCAGCUCAACAGGAUGUUGCCAGUAUUGCAGAUGUGUCUGUGGAGGUGUCCACAGUGGACCACACGCUGCAGAAGCUGCGCAGGAUGUACAGAAAGACCAGACGUAAGCCCAAGGGUCUCAAGAGGCUGUGGGCUUAUCUGUUGAACGUCCCGCACAUUUCUCUCAUCAUCACAGCAGUGGUGUCUGUGCUGAUGGUGAUGGUGUGGUCACUGCUGUGGGUCUUCAUAUUUCGCAGGGAAAGCAACAGUGGAGCGUAUUUUGCUGGGAUGUUCCGUCUUGCCAACAUUGAGUUUAUCCCCGAGUACCGCCAGGCAGAAUCCCGUGAGUUUGUUUCCAUGGCAAGCAAAGUACAAAAUGCGGUGAGCAAUGUGUACAAGAUGUCAGCUGUAGCCAGACUCUACAAGGAAGCUGUCAUUUCAGACCUCAGUAGCAACAAUAAGGGAGGGGUGUUGGUGCAUUUCUGGAUGGUGUUUGUGGUUCCUCCACUAAAGAGCCCAGAAGUGUGUGAGGACUGUGUAGGAGCAAUUUUCAGAGACUCAAUUCUCACCAGCCUCAAGAACAGGUCCUCUGUAGGAUACCUGCUGGAUCUUCCAGUUGAUAUAGACUCCAUCGUCAUCAAUGCUGUUCAGCGCUCAGAUUACACAUCAAACGUAGAAGGCUCACAGUGUGUGGAUAAUAUGUAUGCCAACCUUCAUGGGGCAAGGGUCCCUUUAAAUGUGUUCUCAUCUUGGGGUGGUGUGAGUUGCCAUGUAAAGCUCACUGCUGUUCCUGGCUCUCUGAUCCGUCUGACCAUCGCCUCGUUCCUCAUUGAGCCCAGCGACUGCGUGGAUGAUGCCUUGAUUGUGUAUGACGCUCUGCUGCCCAUGAGAGGGCGCAUUCUGCACAGCCUGUGUGAGCCUGUGUCCAGUGUCUUCUCCCUUGUCUCUACUUCCAAUGUCAUGUUGCUGUCCUUCAGAAUGACUAAUGACAACAAGAGAUUCAGAGGACACUUUGAGGCUAUUGCUGAUGAAAUAUGUAUGUCUCAAAUUGAGACCCCAUUAAUCCCUGACAUCACACACCAGAUCUACAGCCCUUUUCACCCAAGCCUGUUGCCCCCUCAGUGCUCCUGCACCUGGAAGUUUGAGACGCCUAACAGUGCUUUAGGUGUUGCUCUCCAGUUUCAGAACUAUGUUCUGAAACCAAAGGACAUUAAGGGUUGCGACCAGGGCUGGUGGAAGAUCAAUGAAAUUGUUUUCUGUGGAAACUACGUGGGAUAUCACACGGUGUUUCGGAUUGCUGACCACAGCCCAGAAGUUGACUUUCGUUGCAGCUCACAUAACUCUGUUCAGCCGUUUCAGGCAUCUUACAGCAGCUACAAUAUCAGCCAACCCUGUCCAGACAGCCACUUCCUGUGCUCUACAGGACUGUGUGUGGAGAAGAGUCGACGCUGUGAUGGCCUGGAUGACUGCCAAGAUGAGAGUGAUGAGCUCUUUUGCUCGAUGCCCACAAUGAACUGUGGUGGCAACAGGCCUGUGCAUCCUCUGUUUGUCUGCAAUGGAGAGAGAGACUGCACUGAUGGAACAGAUGAGAGCAACUGCACUCAGGAAACAAUCUGCUCUGCAAUCAGAUAUCAGUGCAGCAGCGGGUCCUGCAUCCUGAAGAAGAAUGCAAAGUGUGAUGGGGUUCAUGACUGUAAGGACAACAGUGAUGAGGUGAACUGUGCUUGUGGUCGUCCCUCUCCAGUGAAGAAGGUGGGCUCAUUCACAGGCCCUGAACGCAUCGUGGGUGGAGUUAACUCUGUGGAAGGGGAGUGGCCAUGGCAGGUCAGCCUUCACUUCUCUGGUAGCCUGUAUUGUGGUGCUUCUGUCCUCUCCUCUGAUUGGCUCAUCUCAGCUGCGCACUGCUUCAGCAAGGAAAGGUUGUCUGAUCCACGCUACUGGAGCGCUCACCUUGGCAUGCUAACGCAGGGCGGUGCCAAACAUGUGGCCGAGAUCCAGCGGAUUGUGGUGCACGAGUAUUAUAACACGUACACGUUUGAUUAUGACAUUGCCCUGCUGCAGCUGAAGAGGCCCUGGCCUUCCUCCCUCAGCCCAAUGGUCCAGCCUGUGUGCAUUCCAUCUUCCUCCCACACUGUUACCAACAACCACCGCUGCUGGGUCACUGGGUGGGGUUACCGCUCUGAGGAGGACAAGGUGCUGCCCUCAGUGCUGCAGAAAGCAGAGGUUUCCGUACUGAGCCAAACUGAGUGCAAGAAGAGCUACGGCCCUGUCUCGCCACGCAUGCUUUGUGCCGGACUCCCAUCUGGAGAGCGAGAUGCUUGUAGGGGGGAUUCGGGGGGUCCUCUGUCCUGCCAGGCACCAGGCGGGGGACGCUGGUUCCUGAUUGGCAUCGUCAGCUGGGGGGCAGGCUGUGGCAGACCAAACCUGCCUGGGGUCUACACCAGGGUCAGCAAGUUCACCUCGUGGAUCUACAGCUAUAUCAACUGACAUGAUAUUUUUAUUCAUUCAUUACCAGCAGAUGUUUAAAUAUUCUGCUCACACCAAAUAAUACAUGCAUCAGACACUGUGCUGUGUGUGUUUAUGUUAACCACUCUAUCUGCCUUUUGGUGAUAUUACAUGGUGCUAUUGAUGAGUGACACAAAAAGAUACACCCAAUAAAACAAA